UCGGAGAAUUUAAAACCCAAGACAACUCUAACUACAACAAAACUUCUCAACAAACCCAAAACCCCAUGCUCUCAAGACUUUUGAUUCAGUGUCAGUACAACAUUCAAAAGCAUGUCUCUCAGCCUUCUCAACAUCUCUUCAACAGUUACCUCUUCCCCUAUUUGUUUUCUGGUGGUACACUAGUAACGUCAUUCAUUCCCAUCAUAACCCAAAUAAAUUUCUCCGAGAGUCAAAAAAGAGUGACGUCUUCUAGAUACCGCCCAUGAGACGCGGUUUCUGAUCCGUCCCAGC